AUCACUUCCUGUGUGUCAUGGAAGGUGCAGCUUGUCUGUCUUCUUGCUAGCCUCUAUUCAUGUCUCAUCUUGUCAAGCUAACCUGUCUCUGAGAGAGCUCCGGAAGAGCAUCCUGGACAAAACACACACACAAACACUCACUUCCCAGAGCCAUGUGGUGAAUAUUAGUCUGGAUAAGCUCAUCUGUAGUGCACUGGACUCCACCACUGCAAAACGUCAGAGAGACUUUGGAAGAGUUUAUAAUUAAUUCAAACUUUUUUUCUGGGAUUCAGUUCAUUAUUCUUCCCUGUUGGAUUACUUUCUGGACUUGACUCGGAUCAGUACUUCAUAAUGCUCUUCAAUGGCUGCGAGCAGUGCAGUGGUUAGCAUGCAGAAUGAGAACCGGACCUUUGUCCACUACAGGAUGGAGGCAUCCUGUUUGGACCUGGCUCUGGAGGGGGAGCGUCUCUGUAAGGUGGGGGAUUACAGCGCCGGCGUUUCUUUCUUCGAGGCCGCCAUGCAGGUUGGCACAGAAGACCUGCAGGUUCUGAGUGCCGUCUAUAGUCAACUGGGCAAUGCAUACUUUCACUUGCAUGACUACAGCAAAGCUCUGGAUUUCCACCACCAUGAUCUUACGCUAACUAGGUAUGCUUACACAACUUUACAGCAAAUGUAG